GAGUUCAAAACUAGAUGUGCUUCUUGUAUGACCCGUCUCUUUCGUUUCUCUCAUUUACUCUUCGUCGUGCAGAAAUCUGCUUGGUCAAGCUUGUAAUCGUAGAGUAAAGGGUUACCCAUUAGAGUUCUUCCUCAAUUCUGCAAAUCCUUUUUCAUUUUACUUCCCGCAUGUAAAUUUUGAAGCAUGUAUUGCUAAGGGAUUGAAAAGAAAAAAAAAAAAAGCCUUCUUGUGUGGCGGUCUUAUCUAGGGGAAAGAAAGAAGCAGAGCCAUGGCGGCUGCUGCUGUUCUUUUUAGGUCGAAAUUUUUAAAAGAAGCAACUUCGAGAGCUGUUUCCCAAGAUAGGUUAUAUAGUUUUCAUUGCAAUUAUAGAAGAAAGUGGGAUGAUUUUUGGACCAGGAUGCCGAACCAUUUCAAUAGGUUCAGAAUGGUUUCUCUUCAAGGAGAUUUAGUUGAAAAGGGUAUAGGGUCUUCGCAAAGUCGUGAACUUUUAUCGAAUUCCAGUGAGGACCGAUGCACAGAAUCGAUUAGUUUAGCGAAUACUAUGAUGUCUUAUGGGGAACCCCCUGAGUAUUGGAUACCACCGGGAGAUGAUCUUACGGUUCGCUCGGCGGCCAUGAAAGUGAAUUCAGUGCGUUGCGGGGGAGGCGGUGGAGCAUCCAUGGGUUCUGGUUCGAAUUCCAAUGAUGGGAGUUGGGUAGGAGGGAAUUUUGAAAACAGAUUUCCGACCCCAAAGGAAAUCUGCAAAGAACUCGAUGAUUAUGUUAUUGGCCAGGAGCGAGCCAAGAAGGUACUUUCUGUGGCGGUUUACAACCAUUACAAGAGAAUAUAUUACGAGUCUGUGCUUAAGUGGUCUGCUGGAGUUGCAGUUAAUGGUGAAGUCGAUUCAACGGAUGAUGAUUCUGUAGAGCUCGAGAAAAGUAACGUUCUUCUAAUGGGUCCAACUGGCUCAGGGAAGACAUUACUUGCAAAAACUCUGGCACGGCUUGUGAAUGUUCCAUUUGUUAUUGCAGACGCAACAACACUGACCCAGGCUGGAUAUGUAGGAGAGGAUGUGGAGUCCAUAUUAUACAAGCUUCUUACGGCUGCUGACUUUAAUGUGGUGGCUGCCCAGAAGGGCAUUGUCUACAUUGACGAGGUUGAUAAGAUCGCCAAAAAGGCUGAGAGUCUCAACAUCAACCGAGAUGUAUCAGGCGAGGGUGUCCAGCAGGCAUUACUAAAAAUGUUGGAAGGAACGGUGGUUAAUGUCCCAGAGAAGGGAGCUCGGAAGCAUCCUCGAGGUGACAAUAUUCAGAUUGACACUAGAGAUAUUCUCUUCAUUUGUGGGGGUGCCUUCAUUGACUUGGAGAAAUCAAUAUCAGAGAGACGGCAAGAUUCUUCAAUUGGGUUUGGAGCACCAGUGCGUGCAAAUAUGAGGACUGGUGGUCUGACAAAUGCUAUGCUGACAUCAUCUUUAUUGGAAACCGUUGAAAGCAGUGAUCUUAUUGCGUAUGGUCUAAUACCAGAAUUCAUUGGACGGUUCCCUAUCCUCAUCAGUUUAUCAGCUCUCAAUGAAGAUCAGCUUGUUCAGGUUCUCACUGAGCCAAAGAGUGCCCUGGCAAAACAAUACAAAAAGAUGUUUCAAAUGAAUGGUGUCAAGCUACAUUUUGCUGAAAAUGCAUUGAGACUAAUUGCUAGAAAAGCAAUGGCUAAAAACACGGGGGCUCGAGGCUUACGUUCCAUAUUGGAGAAUAUCUUGAUGGAUGCAAUGUAUGAGAUUCCAGACACAAGAAGUGGAAAUGAUAAAAUAGAUGCUGUUGUGGUUGAUGAAGAAGCCAUUGGAUCUGUAGAAGGAUGUGGUUGUGAAGCUAAAAUCCUAAGUGGUGAUGGUGCAUUGGAUCGGUAUCUUUCACAACAAACUGUGAAGGAGGCAGAUGAUCCGGAGAGAACCGGGGAAGAAUCUGAUGGGGAGUCGGAAGUGGAACCAGAGCUCCCUUCUGUUGUUGCCAGUAUGUAGUCUUCUGGCGAUGUCCAUUUGUGGUCUCAACCUUGUAAUUAAGUUAAUAUGUAUUUAAGUUACAUUAAUU